AUGUGGAAUGGCUUACCGUGGGAGAGAUGGUCUUACAAAGUGAUCGAAAGACCCUGCUCCGUCACAAAGCCACUACAACAAGCGAGGCUAUUUCCGUCACAACGCACAAGUUCCUCUUCCUCUUUACUCUUAUAUUUCUCUCUCUUCAACCGGCAAAACCCUGAAAACUUAAACCCUGACCGUGAAACUUGUCCGAAGCCGUCCCCGGACCAUGUCGUCAACGUGGUCGGCGGAACCUUCGGGGUAGGCUUCGUCUUCGGAGGCGCCCUUCACUUCCUCAAAGGAAUCUACAACUCGCCCGGUGGCGCGCGUCUCGCCGGCGCCGCCCAGGCCAUCCGUAUCAACGCUCCGCUCGUGGGCGGCCGCUUCGCCAGGACCACUGGAACCGGAACAUCGCCGGCGCUUCCGCCAGAUGCGGCAGGGGUUCGAGCCGACGGCGAGGUCCACCGUCGUGGGAGGGGUACUGUUGGCCCUACUCGAAGGCUUGGAGAUCAUGAUGGACAAGUUCUUGGAGCAGUAUCACCAUCAGCAUUACUGCAUUGGUACGUGACUGAGGAACCUGGUGCUAGUAUGCCCGGUCUACCUGGGCCGGAGGCGGUUGGAUCAGAGGGAAGCCCUGGGCCGGAGGCGGUUAGGUCAGAAGGAAGCUCUAAGCCGGAGGCGGUUGGGUCAGAAGGAAGCGCUAGGCCGGAGGCGGUUGGGUCAGAAGGAAGCUCCUCCGGUGGUUCGUGGUUUGGGAAAGGCAAAGAGUCUGAGGCGGCCAGCAGCGGAAGCGAGACGAAGGUUCUGGAGAGUUUUGAUGCGCCUCCGGUGCAGGGUUUUGAGAUCAAAGUGACGUGGAGGGCUGAUUAG